GUUCUGGUUUGGCCACGAGCCUUAUUUUCGGCGUUCAUCAUCCUUGAGUUUCUUAUACGCUUUUUGUCUGUUCGCCUUGUUUUUUUUUCUAUCUCGAACUGCCGUCACGACUGGUUUAUUAAGUUGAAGACUAGCCUGGAAUCUACGGUCAAUCUUAUUCUUUUCUUUUGACCAUCAUGACAAGCUCUCCAACGCCUGACAUCGGCUCUCUAUCUCUCAAUCCUCAAUCUCAACGCCUCCAUGACAAUUACGAUUAUGACAGCAGGCAACAGUAUCAGUUUAGUGCAAACCAGCAGCUUUCAGGCCAGUUUAAUCCUCUAGGUGGUAUGACUCCAUCUCCUCUCAAGAUGAAGCCUACCCGUGGUGGUCUUCCCACCCAAUGGCUUGAUAACUCAAUGGUCAUACCUGAUAAUCGCCCUCUAUCCCCUCACAACAACUCAGAUUUCUCUUCCUCUGGUAGUUCUCCCCCUUUGGGUCAUCUACAGGCAUCUGCUCUUGCUCCCUCGACGCCUAACCAAAAUGCCGACGAUGAGGUUAUACCAACCGCCAUCGUCGUCAAGAACAUUCCUUUCAACGUCAAGCGCGAGACUCUCCUAGAUAUUAUCGCUUCUUUGUCCAUUCCUACUCCCUACGCGUUCAACUACCACCUGGAUCAACAAGGCUCUUUCCGUGGUCUCGCUUUUGCUAAUUUCCGACAAGCGGCAGACGCUGAUGCAGUCGUGGCUGCUUUGAAUGGAUUCGAUGUUCAAGGCCGUAAGCUUCGUGUCGAGUACAAGAAAGUUCUUCAAGCCGGAGAAAAAGAGCGUAUCGAAAGAGAAAAGGCUAUUAGGCGAAUGCGCUCUAUGCAACUUGAAAAGGAGCAACAACAGGCAGUUCACCAAGCAUACGAUGAUUUUGGUCCCGUCACGGCCCCCGCUUUCACCCCGCAGCGAUCCUUCUCUUCUGGUGCCUAUCAACAACAACAACAGUACUCACCUCCUCCUAUGCCUCAUCUUCCAAUUUCUCAGCCAUUUAACCCCGCCUCAUCCCCUCCAAUUGCCCCCGCAACACCAAAUCCAUCGGAGAAGUCUUCGUCCUCUAAUGAACUGGAUCUCAACGAUCCUUCUACUUUGGAAAUCUAUUCUCGUAUCUUACUUUUCAAGGACGAUAGAAUGAGAGAUGAACUUGCUUUUUCGAGGACGCUCUCACCCAAGCAAAGGAGGGUCGUUCACCUGAUUGCCCAGAAGUUGGGCGUGUACCACUAUUCGGUUGGAGAAGGCGAUGAAAGGUACGCCGUCGUAACUCGCAUCGAUCCUAACAGGACUCAACGGGUUCAGGCUGCGACCCUGUCGCGUGCCCCAUCUGCAUAUCUCUCUGCAACUUCCUCACAAUCACAGCUUGCAAGCUCUUUACGUAUGAAGAAGUCGAUGCCCGAUAUGAAAACUUUGCACACUCAAGCACCCCGCUUGGCCACUCGUGCGUCGAAUGGCAAUAUUAGGGAAGGUUAUGCAACGAUUGCUUCUCCUUCUCGUCGCUCUCCGGGUGGUUUCGGUUCACUCUUUGGCAGCAACUUUGGUAGUUCUGCCAUCCCGCCCGUUCCCAGCCUGCCAUCCAGCGUCAUUGGAAUGAAUGGCGGUAGCUUUAAUGAGAGUAGUAGUGUUGUCAGACAACCACGAGGCCCUGGCGCGGGCGGCUUUGGUCUGCGUCGUGGGACAAACAGUGGCAACGGACUAGAAGCUAGAUCUCACGAGCCACUGGAGAUAUAGAUCUCACCACAGACACCCACAGGCCUUUCUCAUUGAUGCUUUUGAGUCUGCCUCAUCCAGGCUUAGACGGUGGUCGUAUUAAUUAUUCUUCCCGCGUAGCUUGAUUGCUUGCUGGUUCUUCUCACUGGUUUCCUGGUUCUGAAGAUUUUUUUGUAUACCGCACCAUCAAAGCAAUUACACGUAUCCUCCAUCUCUCAAAAGUCAACUUUCCCUACUCGUAAUUUCCUUGUACUUUCGUUGUCCGGAUCGCUCUCUUUACACCUCUGCUUUCCUCUCUGGAUUCUCUUGUUUCGACCAUUUUAUACAUAUCAUAGGCCAGAUUGAAUUUGUAAAUAUAUGCUGCUUGAUGCAUCAUAAGUCUUACUUUCCUCGGGACGGUA